AUGGGUUUGGGUUGGUUUCAGUCAAAACAGCAACCCCCUGGUCCACCAGUGAGCAUCCCUCAUCCAGCACCUUCCCUGCAGGGAGUCCAGUGUCCUUCCUCCUCCUCCAAGACCCAGAUUUACCAGCUUUUAAUUCAUUUUUACCCCUAAACCCACACUUGGUCCUUAUAAGUGAGUCUUCUUUUGGUUCUUAAAAGCAGGACUUUAUACCCUAGGUAUUAGUUCUCUGCACCUUCAAAAUGAGGCUUUGGACAUGAAGAACUUGAGGCUUUGAGGAGUUUACACCCUAAAAUGAUGCUUUGGACCCCAACACGUUCUCCUGGGAGGCUUGGACUUUGUGGAUGCCCUUGGACAAUGGACACGGCUGUGGCUCCAUCCCCACUGACAACCUGGAGUGAAUUCUGAGGCGCUUCCUGAGAGCAGCCAGACUGAUCCAGGCGUCGCUUGUUUUCAUCAUAUUACAGUCAGGAAAAGUCAUUGCCAAGGAAAUGACUCCCCCAGAAAGGAUCCUCUUUCCCCCAGAGGACAUUUGCAUGGACUGGCUGCACACACGGAGACCUGGGCCGGGACUCCGCAACCGGGGCAGCACCUGCUACGUCAACGUCAUCCUGCAGUGCCUGACCUACACCCCCCCUCUGGCUAAUUACCUGCUCUCUCGUCAGCACAGCCAGUCCUGUGAUGAGCAAGUCUUCUGCAUGAUGUGCAUCAUGGAAGACCACGUUCGGAAGAUCAUGUAUUCCUUGGCCAACGCUGUCCUGCCCAGGGCUGUCCUCAAGAGCCUCAGACUCAUAGGAGAAUUUAAGCCUGACGUAGCAGGAGACGCCUACGAGUUCUUCUGCUGUGCUCUCCAUGCCAUGCAGGACGCUUGUCUGCCUGGAAGCACAGUCUUGGACGUCUCUUCUCAAACAACUACCCUCAUCUACCAAAUAUUUGGGGGCUUUCUGAGAUCCAGAGUCACGUGUUUGAGAUGCCAAGCAGUUUCUGAUUCCUACAAGGCCUUCCUGGAAAUCCUUUUGAAAAUCAAAGCAGCCUCAUCCCUCACCGCGAUCCUGGAGAACUUUGUGAAGCCCAAGCUGCUGGAUGGGAAACAGUGCAUGAAAUGCAGCAAGUAUAGGAAGAAGAUGAUCGCCUCCAAGAAGAUCACAAUCCAUCACGCGCCCAGAGUCCUCACGCUGUGCCUGGGAAGGGUUGAUGUUCGGAGCAGCAGGAAGAUCAGCGAGCUUGUGGAGUACCCUGAGUGCUUGGAUCUUCAGCCAUACAUGUCUGAGGAAGCUGAAGAGCCCCUCCUUUACUCCUUGUACUCCGUCGUGGUGCACAGCGGUGAAACCUGUCUCGCCGGGCAUUUCUUCUGCUACACAAAGGCCAGUGACGGGCUGUGGUACAAGAUGGAUGAUGAGACUAUGGAUGACUGUGACAUCCACACAGUCCUGGGCCAGCAAGCCUAUCUGCUCUUCUAUAUCAGGUGCCCUGAUUUGAAUAUGGAAGAAAUGGCAGCUUCUUCAUCAGCACCACCCUAUGCCCAUUCCUUCCUCAGUCAUAGUGGGGGCAGCAGCAAGCAGGUGGAUUCUGCAGGACCACAGGAUCUGCCUGGGAGGAUUAAGGUGACACACAGCCAGAGGAAUGAUGCCAGGGAGAGGAACAGGAGCAGAUCCCCGCGGUGGGGCAAUGUUCACUACAGCUGGUUCAUGAACAGUGCCAACUAUGACAGCUCAACGGGGAGGAGGAAGAGAACUCGUCUUCCAGAUUCUGUUAAUGCUCCCAGGGAUGACACAGCUCCAGGACCCUCCAACAGGAGCUGCCAGUGGGCUCCUGCACACAGGGCUGCUCAGGAACAACUCCUGCCAAGACAGAGAGAGCAGGGCAGAUCCUUACAGAUCCGGAGCUAUGGUCUCCCCAGACGACCUCUGGAGGUCAGGGAAUACCCUCAGGCAGAAAGGAGGAGGAGGAGCCAACAGGAACCAUUUGGAACCAACAGGCAGAGAAGUCACAGCCACAAUUAAAACCCCUUGUUGGCCUUGCACAAAUAA